AGUCAGCAAGGGUGUCUCUUCAGCUUGCAGGCUGUGAGGCUGCUGCCCCAAGAAAGCAAGGAUUCCUGCAGGGAGGAAAAGAGGCUCUGAGGUCUCACCUGCCACAAUGACGGACAGAAGCCCCUUUGAGACAGACAUGCUCACCCUAACCCGCUAUGUUAUGGAAAAAGGGCGACAGGCCAAAGGGACCGGGGAGCUCACACAGCUGCUCAACUCGAUGCUGACUGCCAUCAAAGCCAUCUCUUCGGCUGUGCGCAAGGCGGGCCUGGCUAACCUGUAUGGAAUUGCAGGAAGUGUGAAUGUGACAGGAGACGAGGUGAAGAAAUUGGACGUGCUAUCCAAUUCCCUGGUCAUCAAUAUGCUUCAGUCCUCCUACAGCACCUGUGUCCUAGUCUCGGAAGAGAAUAAAGAAGCAGUUAUCACAGCCAAGGAGAAGAGGGGGAAAUAUGUGGUUUGCUUUGAUCCGCUGGAUGGAUCUUCAAACAUUGACUGCCUGGCCUCCAUUGGAACUAUAUUUGCAAUCUACAGAAAGACCACAGAGGAUGAGCCUUCUGAGAAAGAUGCCCUCCAGCCUGGCCGCAAUAUUGUGGCUGCAGGUUAUGCACUCUAUGGCAGUGCGACCCUGGUGGCUCUUUCCACGGGGCAAGGAGUGGAUCUCUUCAUGCUGGACCCGGCUCUAGGAGAAUUUGUGCUGGUAGAAAAAGAUAUCAAGAUUAAGAAGAAAGGGAAAAUUUUUAGCCUCAAUGAGGGCUAUGCCAAGUAUUUUGAUGCUGCCACCACUGAGUAUGUACAGAAGAAGAAAUUCCCUGAGGAUGGCAGUGCACCUUAUGGGGCCAGGUAUGUAGGCUCCAUGGUGGCUGAUGUGCAUCGUACUCUGGUCUAUGGAGGAAUCUUUAUGUACCCAGCCAACCAGAAAAGUCCUAAUGGCAAGCUCCGGCUCCUGUAUGAAUGUAAUCCUGUGGCCUAUAUUAUUGAGCAGGCAGGAGGCAUGGCAACCACAGGCACCCAGCCUGUGCUGGAUGUGAAGCCUGAGAGUAUCCACCAGCGAGCUCCCCUCAUUUUGGGGUCCCCAGAGGAUGUACAAGAAUACCUCACCUGUGUUCAGAGAAACCAGGCAGGCAGGAAAAGCCACAUGACACCUGGCCGGCACCAGCAUAGGGCCCGACAGACAGAAAGUUGAGGCAGAGUGGAGCAUCUGUGACGACCAUCUUCUUCCUUGUGGUGUUGGUGUUGGUGUUGGGUGGUGCACUGCUGUGCUGUGUGUUGUCUGCUGCAUCAUAUUAUGGGAAAAUACAAAGAUGGCAGAAAAUACAUCACAGUUUCUCACGGUUCCACAAUGGGAUAGAACUGGGAGGCAGAAAAUACAUCACAGUCUCUCAAGGUUCCACAAUGGGUUAGAACUGGGAGGUAGAAAAUACAUCGUAGUCUCUCAAGGUUCCACAGUGGGAUAGAAUAGGGAGGCUAUGGUGGCUGUUCUCUGACCCCUCGAUGGGGCUGAUGCUGAGAUAUCUGUUAGGAUUGAAAGCUAGGGUGGGGUGUUUCGCCUGGGUGCUGUGGGGUGGUGUGCCUCCUUGAUGAAUGUGAAUAUAGGGAUUCUUGACAAAGAGUGGUAGCCUAUAGAGUGCCUUGCAAGCCCCCAGAGUAAAAUGUGGGAGGCAGGAUUGUCAGAAACUGUGUGGUUCCUGCUAUGGGUCACUAAGAGAAACCCAGACACCUGCCCAAAGGGGAUUUACCUGAGUAAAGAAGGAAUUCUAAUGAGAAAAAGAUGCAGGUGGUAUCCUUUCUGUUAGCCUCUUCGACAUCAGUUAAAUGUGACUAAAGAAAGGAUGAGAUAGAGGGUUGUGUGUGUGCGUGUGCGUGCGUGCGUGUGUGUGUGUG